GGGAGGGGAGACACACAAGACAUCGCUUUCGCUUUCUGCGCUUCCCUUCUCGGGCUUUUUCUCCUGCGUGCGUCCCGACCGGAGCAAAAGAGGGGAGGGCAGCGGGGAGUCAAGGAAGGGAGAGCUGACGCAUCUGAGUGAGUGGGCACACCGAGGCUUCACUUCCCCCCUCCACCUUCGAUAUGCAACCCGCGAGACGCCUGCGCACCGCCCUCGACCCGCGCUGCUGACACCGAGAGGGAGAGACCCGGAGGAAGGAAGGACGCAGAGAGCCGGAGAUGGAUGCGGAGUAGCGGCUCAUGCAGGAGGGGGCCACGCUGAUGAGACAAGCGGAGCAUAAGCGUGUUUUCUUUCUUCUUCUUCUUGUUUUGCUCACAAGCCAGAUAGAGACCCUGUUAUUAUUUCUUUAUCUUUUUUUUUCUUCUUUUUCUUCUGUAACCCGGAGCGUCACAAGUGUGACAUUUAGUUUGGAAACAAAUUUCGGAUUAUUCUGUGCCUGUGAUUCCUGGAAGAAAUAACACACAACAGAUUGGCAAAGGAGAGAAGUGCAAAUCGGAUUCCAUACGUUUGUGAUUGGAUGUGAAAACACUUUUGACCCUUCAAAAUUGAAGAUGAUGUUACUAUGGAAACUGCUGCUGCAGUUACUUAUGGGGUGCCUGGCAGAGAGCAGCGUCCUGCAGAGUCCCGUUUUCACCAAGCAGCCAGGCAGCAUCGUGUACCCCGUGGAGACGGUGGGGACCAACAGGGAGGUGGUGUUCAGCUGCGAGGCCCAGGGAAACCCACCUCCUACGUACCGGUGGAAGUUAAACGGUACAGAAGUCACUCCCAAAGCUGGAUCUCACUACAGCCUUUCUGGAGGCAACCUCCGAAUCAGCCGUCUGAACAAAGACCAAGACGCCGGAACGUACCAGUGCCUCGCCUCCAACUCCUUCGGGACCAUCGUCAGCCGAGAGGCCAGCCUAACCUUUGCUUACUUGGAGAACUUCAAGACUCACAGAAGAAGUUCUGUCUCAGUACGGGAAGGUCAAGGAGUGGUUCUGCUGUGUGGACCUCCUCCUCAUUCUGGAGAUCUGAUCUUCUCCUGGAUCUUCAAUGAGUACCCCACGUUUGUGAAGCAGGACAACCGGCGCUUCGUCUCACAGGAGACGGGGAAUCUGUACAUCGCCAAAAUGGAGCCUUCAGAUGUUGGAAACUACACCUGUGUGGUGACCAACACAGUCACAAAGACCCGUGUCCAGGGCCCGCCCACUCCGCUGGUACUCCGCAGCGUUGGUGUCAUGGGCGAAUACGAGCCAAAGAUUGAAGUUCAGUUUCCAGAGGUUGUUCACGUUGCCAAAGGAUCCACUGUGAAGCUGGAAUGCUUCGCUCUUGGAAACCCGGCGCCCUCCAUCAGCUGGAGGAGAGUGGACGGCGUCCCGUUUCCCAGGAAGGUGGACAUGAGGAAGGCCAGCGGUGUCCUGGAAAUCCCGUACUUCCAACAGGAGGACGCCGGCACAUACGAGUGCGUGGCCGAGAACUCCCGGGGGAUGAACACGGUGAAAGGAAAGCUCUCUUUCUACGCUCCACCUCAUCUCAUAGAGAAGCCCCAAGACGUCCAAAAGUUCAUCGAUGACUCGUUGAUGUGGGAGUGCAAAGCCACAGGGAAACCGAAACCCUCGUACAGAUGGAUGAAGAACGGAGAAAACCUGGAAUCUACAGAGGAGCGCGUACAGGUUGCCAAUGGGAUUCUGUCAAUCAGUCGGCUAACCCUGUCCGACACCGGAAUGUACCAGUGUGUGGCUGGGAAUAAGCACGGCGAGGUCUACUCCAACGCAGAGCUCCGAGUCAUAGCCGUUGCCCCGGAUUUUUCCCACAAUCAACUGAAGAGUCAGACGCUGGUGAAAGUGGGAGGAGACAUCCUCAUUGAGUGCAAGCCCAAGAUGUCUCCUUGGGGCGUGAUCUCAUGGCGAAAGGGCAGCGAACCCCUGCAGGGGAGCAGCAGGGUCUCCAUCCUGGACAAUGGCAGCCUUCGGAUAUGGAAUGUGACCAAACUGGACGCCGGUCUCUACACCUGCAUUGCAAGAAACCAGUUUGGAGUGGCGAGCAGCACAGGAAGUGUUACAGUAAAAGAGCCGACCAUCAUCACUACGCAGCCCACAACACUGGACAUCACCGUGGGGGAGAGCGUGGUCCUUCCCUGUCAGGUGAGCCAUGACCCGUCUCUGGAACUCAAGUUCACCUGGUUCUUCAACGAGCAGCUCAUCCACUUUGGGAGCAAUGGCGGAUUCUUUGAAAAAGUCGGAGGCCAGCACUCAGCGGGGGACAUUAUGAUCCGGAACAUCCAGCUGGGACAUGCAGGGAAGUACACAUGCGCCGUGCAGACCAAGGUGGACAGCAUCUCCAUAGCGGUGGACCUGGUUGUCCGAGGUCCCCCAGGCCCCCCCACCAGCAUCCAAGUAGAAGAAAUCACUGAUACCACGGCCUCUCUGUCCUGGAGGCCCGGUCCUGAUAAUCACAGUCCAAUUACGGCGUACACCAUCCAGGCCAGGACACCGUUCUCCCUGGGGUGGCAGGCUGUCACCACAGUUCCUGAGGUGGUUGGGGGCCACCAGCUGACCGCUGCUGUAACAGAGCUGAGCCCUUGGGUGGAGUACGAGUUCCGAGUUCUGGCAAGCAACAGAGUUGGGACCGGCGAGCCCAGCAAGCCCUCCAAACAAGCGAGGACGAAGAGCACAACUCCGAAGGUCACACCGGCUAAUGUGAGCGGAGGAGGAGGCAGUCGCUCCGAAUUAGUCAUCACAUGGGAGCCUGUUCCAGAGGAGCUGCAGAACGGGCCGGGGUUCGGCUACGUGGUGGCGUUCCGACCUCAUGGAGCCACGGGCUGGAUGCAGGCCGCCGUGCCGUCCCCAGAGGCAUCCCGAUACAUCUUUAAAAAUGAGAGCAUCCAGCCUUUCUCGCCUUUCCAUGUAAAGGUUGGCGUUUACAACAACGAGGGGGAGGGUCCGUUUGGACCGGUUACCACCAUCUACUCUGCUGAGGAAGAGCCUGGCCGACCUCCCACCAGGAUCCGCGCCAAGAGCCUCUCUGCGUCCGAGAUGGAAGUGUCAUGGAAGGCUCUGCCCUGGAAUGCCAGCAAGCGGCGAGUGUUGGGCUAUGAGCUCAGGUACUGGAGUAGAGGCGAACGGGAGGAAACGGCCAGCGUGAAGAGAACCUCUGGGAAUCAGACGUCCAGCGUCAUCGGUGGCUUAAGAGGAAGCACGGCGUAUCACAUCUCAGUGAGGGCCUACAACACGGCCGGAACGGGCCCCCCCAGCACCACCGUCAAUGUGACCACCAAAAAACCACCUCCCAGCCAGCCUCCAGUUAAAGUCAUGUGGAACACCUCAAACUCCAAGAUCAUCCUGAACUGGGAGCACGUCAAAGCCCUGGAGAACGAGUCCGAAGUGACUGGUUACAAAGUGCUCUACAAGAAGAAUCGUCACAGCCGGCCCAGCGUCAUGGAAACCAACACCACCUCAGUGGAGCUUGCUCUUCCCACCGACGAGGAUUAUAUCAUCCAGAUAAAGCCGUUUGGAGAGGGAGGGGACGGCAGCAGCAGCAAGCAGAUCACCAUCCCCAAGAUACCAGGCCCCAACGCGGUGGGCUCGGCCUCCAAGGUCUCCACGCUGUCGGCCCUCAGCACAAUAGCUCUGUCUUUCACAGCCCGAACAUCUUUAUGACAAAUGGCUUACAGCAGACGUUGCAUCUAACGUGGAGACAGGUAUCGGGUGGGAACACAAACGCAGCCCACUCCGGUGUAACUAGACCCAUUCAUUUAGAUUUUAGCGGCAGAGGGAAGACACUGACGUAAAAAUGUCCAAGCACUCCAUGGAGAGGACAGAGAAGGAAUCCCUGUCAGCAGGCCAGGUGGAGGAGAUUGACCGAUGUCGUGACUAUGUUGUUACCAAAGCAGCUUUCAUAAAAGAAAAGUAAAGAAAAAGUCUUAUAUGCAUCUUUUUGUAUGACAUGUUGAGCUUUUAUAGAUUUUUGUUUUCUUAAUGGGUUUGUAGAUGACCUUGGCUUCAGGGGUGAGAAUAGUUCAAUGCAUGGAAAAUGGCAUUGUCCUGUUUUACAGUCUGAAAGUGAAGAACAUGAUUCAACAGAUCCCCAUCUGUCUUCUAAGAUAAAACACAACUUAUAACUUUGAUAUUUUCUGCAUUCCAGAGUAUUUAUGACAGUCUUUUCAUAAUGAAAGCACAGCAUUAGUGCUAUACCAGUUUCCAUAAAGUUACUAUCGAAAUGGAAAAAAACAAAAAAGGUAAAUCCUCAAAUCCCCAGAUACAAACACUCUCUUGAAAUGAGAUGGAGUGCACUUUCUUUUUUCAAAGACUAUAUAUAAAAUCGUGCCCAGUUCACAUUUUGGGCUGAGGUGUCACUUUUUCAGUGUAAAGAGAAGAGUAGCAUCAGAAUGUGAAUGCUAAUACUUCAUCACCUCAUAAUCAGUAGCAAGCUGCAAAAAAGCUAAGGCUAGCUUAAAAUGAUGGGAAUAAACGACUUCAGCUGCUGCAGAGUGAAAACAUAAACAAUUAUUCCUCUGUUACUCAAAUGGCACAAACAUUAGCCUCUGAAAUGAUACACUCACUGUAAUCAUUUCUUCUGCUCAGAACAGCUUCAGAAGCCCAGCUGAAAAUCAAAUGUAGAGUUAUUACAGGUUCUGACAUUUUUUGUCUUUGCUGCUGUGGCCGCUGUCAGACUGUUGUUCAGUUUGGUGUCCUGUAAUAACAGAGUUAUAUUAUUGUAAUUGUAAACAUAAAUUGGAAUUAAUCAAAUUAAUUAAUUGAGACUAAAUCUGUGAGUCAAACUUGGAGGAUAACUAUAUUUUAAAGCUGGUUCUGUGUUUAGUGACUAACCGUUUCAAAUAAACUGUGUACCGUUUCUGAUACAAAGAAUGGUCAAAUAUGAUGGUCAGAGAUAUGUCAGAAGCUUGUUCAUUGUAGCAGUCUUGAUUAGGGGCUUUUAUGUAGGGUUCUGUUGAGAUGUGAUCAUUUCUGACUGAUAACUCAGCUGAGGGAGAAGAGUCUCAUCAGUUUAGUUGGUAUUCUUCGAUGUCCCAGCACUGCAUUCAAACUGCUGAACUAAUUUGCCCCAGACCACCUAAAAUGGUCUGAGAGAAACCAUCCUGAAAACAUUUGGAUUGCAUUUCCACCCGUCAUUGGGUACGAUCAGAUAUCUUCGGGCCGGGUUAAUGCCACAUCUGAAGUUCACAGUUUCCUCUUUGAUUAAACAGAGAUUGGUUUCCCAGCUAACACCUAGAGUCAUCAAAGCAGAGGCCUGGUUGGUCAUUGCUGCUUAGCAGAACCCCACUUCAAAAACCCACUUCAAAGAACUAUUCCUUUUUAAGUUUUUGGUGUCAGAAGUGACAUCCAAGAUACGAACGUUUUCAGGACUGCUUUUAUGAGCGUAACCUGUCACUCAAAGGAGUUCUGCUAAGAUUAAUAAGGAACUUGGUCUUAAAGUCUGAGGUCUAAGCUGUUAAGAGGUGAAGAGAGAGACUAUCUCAAGAUUUUUUUAAAUUAUUUUUAAUGCCAAAUCUUCAUUUGUUUAUUCUCACAGUGCUGCAGAAGAUUUGGGUAUUCAUAUACUGUGAUAAGAAUUUUAGAAGUUCAAAUCUUGUUUGCCAUCUUUUCUUAUGUUUACAGACAAAACGUCCACCUGGGUUGUGAACCUUCAAUGCACUAUUUGUUCCCCUUAAAGAUUAACUAGUUAUUAGCUAAUUUAAUCCAAAAAAAAAGGUUGAGCUGCCAUAAUUUGGAGCCAGUCCAAGCAUUGGGCAUGCAGAGGUGGGUGAAUCCUGAUCAAGGCAGAACUAGACAGGAAAUGUUAUUCCAGCAUUGCUACAAUAUUUGAGUAGCAAUUGCAUAAAGUCCAUCACUGCGGUGCAGUAUGUGAGUCAUUCUGAAGUUCCAUCAUUUAUGUCAAGGAAUUAUUUUCAGGAUAAGACAUGAAUCUAGAUGAGGCUUAAGUAAUUCAUGUAUUUAUUUAUGUAUUUAUUUAUUUAAAUCAGCAUUUAUUAAUACAUUAUUAAAACUCAUAGAAAACUCACAAAGUUAUGGAGUUAUGGAAUAACUAAAUAAUUCACUGAACCACAAAUGAUGCGUUUUGGAUAGAAAUGAUUAUGGUGAUUUUUACCUCUUUGAGCAUCUAGUCUUUAAGACUAUCAAGUCAAAGUCCAAGUAACAGCUAAGUGGCAGAAUAAAAAAAACUGAGAAAUACGAGUUGUUGCCAUUUUAAAAAGAUAGUUCAGAUAUUUUGAAGAGAAGUUUUAUGAUGAUGUUAUCAGAAAAAACAACCUCAGUGGUGAAAGUCUGAGACUUCAUGCUCCCAUACAGGACGGCAUGCAGAUUGUGUUCUGUGAGCCACGCAGGACGGUUGUGAUUUCAUAGUUGAGCGUAUCGAUUGCCUCCAUUCCUCCUGACAAAUUCCUUCAUUUCCCACAAUCCACAUGGAUACUAAUUGGCGUAAUGAGCUAUUUUGGCGCCUAGUCUCAUGUCUUCCCCUUCCUAGGUUAGUGAGGCACAGAAUGGUGGUGUAGCAUCCAUGACUACUGUUCACGCCAAAUCCCAACCUUAGCAGCUCAUUGCUGCCCACAAAACGUUUCAAUGUUCCCCGCCAAGCAUUUUACAGCGCCACACCAAGUGCAGUCGUAAAAUGCUCCUUUGCGGAGAGACGUGUCCGGCAUACGUCUGCUUUGAGUCAACCUCCAGAGUGUGGGAACCUCUAGUCUAGCUGACCCGUGUUAGCCGACUUGAGCCACUGAAAACAACUCGAUCUGAAGCUGCCAAUAUCAAUGGUAUACAAAGCUUCCAUUUAAUAUUGACUUACAACUAACAGUUAAGUUGUUUCUGUUUUCCCAGCUGAACAAUGUCUACAGGAAGUCAGAGCAUUGUAGGCUACAUCUGCUAAAAGUGGUGUUCACUAUGUGGGGAUAUUACAGCAGGUUGUCACCUAGAUAACUGCAUGAGACAUGCGUCUCUGUGCCUUUGUACUUGUCCACAAAUCUUUCCAAAAGAUUGCCGAUCAGGGUCGAUACAAACAACUUCAUUUUCCAAAGAAAACAUCACAAACUUAACAGCAGUUUCUAAUCAAAUUAUAGAUGUUUAAUAUCUGCUUAUAUUAGUGUUGGAUUCCACAAAUCUGGUCAUUUUUAGUGUGAGAUGCUAAAACAAACAUAAUCUUCCAUCUUCUCUAAUUUCUUCUCUUUACUACAAACCGCAAUUUAAUUUCUGUCUACGACAUGUACUAUUGUUCAUAGGUUUGUAGAAAUUCUUUAAAGAUGAUGAAUCAACCAAUGUGACAGACAUUGGAGACUCCAGCUUCAGCACAUUUUCAGUCCCCAUCUUCAAACACCAGAAACCUGAUGAAAUGUUUAGACAAAUCCUGAUGACAAAGGUUGGAAAAGCUUGCAGUGGAGGGCCUCUCUCCAGGGCCCUCCACCUCGGCCCCCUGAGCUCCACUGAUUGCAGGAUCCUCGAGGCUGUCUCUCAUGCCCCUCAUUCUUUCAGUUAGCCCUGUGUCUAGAGCUCUUCUUUGCCUUCUGUGUGCCUCAUCAUAUGUUCAGAAUCCUCAGGUCCUUAAAGAGCCUUAACUUAUCGCGAGAAUAUCAAAUUGCAUAGAACUUUGCAGCAGCGGCGUUCAAGCGCAGGUGAAACGACAUCAAACACUGUUAGGUUUGGGUUGGGAGGAGGAAGAGGGAAGCAACAUCCUUUGUCGACGUUACUGAGGUUCAAAAUGGGCAAUUUAUGAGACCAGGUGUGUUUUUUAGGUGGAUGUUCUGAGUAAAGGACAAUGCUGCUGAUUUUUUCCUUUCUCCAUCGUCUCCUGAUGCCAUGUGGGACUGCCACGCUACUCAGAGAACGCUGCGGUCUCAUUGUAGCUUGUAAUCCAGUUAAGUAGUUUGUAGUACUUUGAAGGGAAAUGUACUGUUAGCUACUGGGGAUCAUGCAUCAAGAAAUGUGUAAAAUACAGUUUUGUACACUUCAGAUCAUUUAUAUGAAAAUAAACCUUUCUAAAGA